UUCUCAUCUACUUAAAAGUCGGUAACUCUCUCUAUCGAGAAAGAAACCCUCGAUCUGAGGCAAGGAACUAUGGCGAGAUCCUCGAAGCAGCAGGUUUCUUCAGAUGAGGCCAUUUCAAACGGUUCCGAUUCCUCCGAAGAGGAGCGUCUCAACGAUCAGGUCAACGAGGAAGACGAAGAGGAGCUUGAAGCCGUCGCUCGCUCCGCUGGCUCCGAUGAAGACAACUCACCAGCUUCCGACGAUGAAGCCGCCCGGGACGAGGAUGCCGAUGAGGAAGAUGAUGGUGGAGCUAGUGCUGAGAUCAGCAAGCGCGAAAAAGCCAGACUUAAAGAAAUGCAGAAAAUGAAGAAACAGAAGAUUCAGGAAAUAUUAGAUGCACAAAAUGCUACAAUAGAUGCUGAUAUGAACAAUAGGGGGAAGGGGCGGUUGAAGUAUCUUUUGCAGCAAACAGAAUUAUUUGCACAUUUUGCAAAAGGGGAUCAGUCUUCGUCCCAGAAGAGGGCAAAAGGAAGGGGCCGCCAUGCAUCAAAAUUAACUGAAGAGGAAGAAGAUGAAGAAUGCCUCAAGGAGGAAGAAGAUGGUCUGUCUGGGACAGGAAACACACGGUUGGUGAUGCAACCCUCUUGUAUACAAGGGAAGAUGAGAGAUUACCAACUUGCUGGAUUGAACUGGCUCAUACGACUAUACGAGAAUGGCAUAAAUGGAAUCCUUGCGGAUGAAAUGGGUCUUGGUAAAACAUUACAAACUAUUUCCUUGUUGGGUUAUCUGCAUGAAUUCAGAGGAAUCACUGGACCUCAUAUGGUAGUUGCUCCAAAGUCAACUCUUGGUAACUGGAUGAAUGAAAUCCGCCGUUUUUGCCCUGUUCUUCGCGCUGUUAAGUUUCUUGGGAAUCCUGAUGAGAGAAAGUACAUACGAGAAGAGUUACUGGUUGCAGGCAAGUUUGAUGUUUGUGUCACUAGUUUUGAAAUGGCUAUUAAAGAGAAGUCUACAUUGCGUCGCUUUAGCUGGCGGUAUAUAAUCAUUGAUGAAGCACAUCGAAUAAAGAAUGAAAACUCAUUGCUCUCAAAAACGAUGAGAAUCUAUAAUACAAAUUACCGUCUUCUUAUUACUGGUACUCCGCUUCAGAAUAAUCUUCAUGAACUAUGGUCCCUUCUCAACUUUUUGCUUCCUGAGAUUUUUAGUUCAGCUGAGACUUUUGAUGAGUGGUUUCAAAUUUCUGGUGAAAAUGACCAGCAGGAAGUUGUUCAGCAGCUUCACAAGGUCCUCCGGCCGUUUCUUCUUAGGAGAUUAAAGUCAGAUGUUGAGAAAGGUUUACCUCCAAAGAAAGAGACUAUACUUAAAGUAGGUAUGUCGCAGAUGCAAAAGCAAUACUACAGGGCUUUACUGCAGAAAGAUCUUGAAGUUGUUAAUGCUGGUGGAGAACGCAAGCGUCUUUUGAACAUAGCAAUGCAGCUGCGUAAAUGCUGUAAUCAUCCAUAUCUCUUCCAGGGUGCUGAACCUGGCCCACCUUAUACGACGGGGGAGCAUCUUAUAACAAAUGCUGGUAAAAUGGUUCUUUUGGAUAAGUUGCUUCCAAAGCUAAAGGAGCGUGAUUCUAGAGUUCUGAUAUUUUCACAGAUGACAAGGCUACUGGAUAUUCUUGAGGACUACCUAAUGUUCCGUGGAUACCAGUAUUGCCGGAUUGAUGGAAAUACUGGUGGGGAAGAUCGUGAUGCUUCCAUAGAUGCAUUCAAUAAGCCAGGAAGUGAGAAGUUUGUUUUCUUGUUAUCUACAAGAGCUGGAGGGCUUGGUAUUAAUCUCGCUACUGCAGAUGUUGUCAUCCUUUAUGAUAGUGAUUGGAAUCCUCAAGUUGAUUUGCAAGCACAGGACCGUGCACAUAGGAUUGGUCAAAAGAAAGAAGUUCAAGUCUUCCGGUUUUGCACAGAGUAUACUAUUGAGGAAAAAGUGAUUGAGAGAGCUUACAAGAAGUUAGCACUUGAUGCUUUGGUGAUUCAACAAGGACGACUCGCAGAACAGAAAACUGUUAAUAAGGAUGAGUUGCUUCAAAUGGUGAGGUUUGGUGCGGAGAUGGUUUUCAGUUCCAAAGACAGCACAAUUACGGAUGAAGAUAUUGACAGAAUCAUUGCUAAAGGAGAGGAGGCAACAGCUGAACUUGAUGCCAAGAUGAAAAAAUUUACAGAAGAUGCAAUUAAGUUUAAAAUGGAUGACACUGCUGAGUUGUAUGAUUUUGAUGAUGACAAGGAUGAAAACAAAUUUGACUUUAAGAAGAUUGUCAGUGAAAAUUGGAUUGAACCGCCAAAAAGAGAGAGGAAGCGCAACUACUCAGAAUCUGAAUACUUUAAGCAAACAAUGCGACAAGGCGCUCCAACAAAGCCAAAAGAGCCUCGAAUUCCUCGUAUGCCCCAAUUGCAUGAUUUCCAGUUUUUUAACACCCAAAGGCUGAGUGAGCUGUAUGAAAAAGAAGUACGCUACCUUAUGCAAACUCACCAGAAGAAUCAGUUGAAAGAUACCAUUGAUGUUGAUGAGCCUGAAGAAGGGGGAGAUCCCUUGACUGCUGAGGAGUUGGAGGAAAAGGAGCGACUAUUAGAAGAGGGAUUUUCUUCAUGGAGUCGAAGGGAUUUCAAUACUUUCAUCCGGGCUUGUGAGAAGUAUGGCAGAAGCGAUAUAAAAAGUAUUGCUUCAGAAAUGGAAGGGAAAACAGAGGAAGAAGUGGAAAGAUAUGCAAAAGUUUUUAAAGAACGAUACAAGGAGUUAAAUGACUAUGAUAGAAUCAUCAAGAACAUUGAAAGAGGAGAGGCCAGAAUUUCUCGGAAAGAUGAGAUCAUGAAAGCUAUUGGGAAGAAAUUGGAUCGUUACAAGAACCCGUGGCUGGAAUUAAAGAUACAGUAUGGUCAGAAUAAAGGAAAGUUGUACAAUGAAGAAUGUGAUCGUUUUAUGAUAUGCAUGGUUCACAAGCUUGGGUAUGGUAAUUGGGAUGAGCUGAAGGCAGCCUUCCGCACAUCUCCCUUGUUUCGUUUUGACUGGUUUGUGAAGUCUCGCACAACUCAAGAACUUGCUAGAAGAUGUGAUACACUCAUUCGGUUGGUUGAAAAGGAAAACCAAGAGUAUGAUGAGAGGGAGAGGCAGGCUCGGAAGGAGAAGAAGCUUGCCAAGAACCUGACUCCAUCAAAACGAGCAUCUGGGAGGCAGCCGACUGAGAGCCCAACUUCACAAAAGAAGCGGAAGCAAUUGUCAAUGGAUGAUUACCUGAGCUCAGGAAAGAGGAGGAAAUGAAAUCAGAGAUAGAAUUAGAAGAAUCUUAGGCAACUUAGUGAUAUUUUGUUGUAGCAGAAAUAUUACAGUGUGGGGAUGCCGACAAUAUGAGCAGGAGUUUGCAUGAUGGAGCUAUGCCCUUGGAGAUUUUUCAUUUCGAUUUUUUGAGGGUGCAAGAAGCCCAUGGUACCGGCAGUAGAAAAUUGUAGUAGAUGUUUUCGAUAGUAGGUGUAUAAAUUAACUUCACAAAUCUCUACUAAUGCCAAUUUACUUACUUGAUUC